CAGCUCCGAGUACACUGUGCUGAGGCACUGGGCACACCAAUUGUUGGAGACUACAAGUAUGGUUGGUUCAUGCACCAGAGAUGGAAGCAGAUGCCUCGAGUGGACUACGAGCCAAUGACCAGAUCACCGUACAAAUUGCGGAGGCCUGAGGGCUUGGAGGUUCAAAAGGGGAGCGUCCUAUCCAAGGUCCCUUUGCUGCAUCUUCACUGCAGAGAAAUGGUUAUCCCUCACUUUGCAAAAUUCCUUCGCAGUUCAGGUGAAUGGCAUGAUGAGGGCACUCCAUGGACCUCUGAUAAGCCAGAUCUUCUCAGAUUUGUUGCACCAAUGCCUUCUCACAUGAAGAUAAGCUGGAAUGUUAUGUCAUCAUACCUGGUGUGAUGUAAACUAUUUUUUUUUUUUUGUAGUAAUUGAAGUAUUUGGUUCCAUGUUUAUGCUUGAUUCUGGUCUUGCAAGUUGGCGGUGCCUUCAUCCUCCCAAAUGGUGGUAGUUUAGACUCUUCCAAGCAGUUUUGGUAUCAAAUCCUUUAAUGGUGCAUCCAUACUAUCUCUAUGUUCUUUGUGUCGCUUGGAAGAGUGCUAGCUACUUGUACUCUGUAUAUGGGACCUCUAGCUUGGGAAAUGGUCAUAAAUUAUAUGUCAAUCUAUUGACCUGCUAAUAGUCUUCCUUUCCACGAUAUGGU